AUGCUCUUCAACAGCUUAACCCUCGUGGCCCUUUCCGCCGCUACCGCCGCUCUGUCGGCUGAUGAGGAGGGGAGCCGCUGCCCCCGUAUCAAGUGCUUCGACGCGCUGAGCCUCUGCGGCGUUAAGUAUGGCGGGUGCUACGAUGUGUGCAGCCAGGAACAGCCGGGCCCGCCGCCGUGCCCGGACAUCCCCUCGACGACGGCGCCGGAGCCCAGCACCACGCCGUCCCCGCCCGCGCCUUGCACCAGCACGGGGACCGCCUGCGUCGACUACCUCCGGACCUGCGGCGACCCGCCCACCGCCAUCUUGACGUUCGGCGGCUGCUACCCCGCUUGCGGCCCCAAGCCCACCUUCAGCCCGCCACCAUGCCCGCUGCCUACCGACGUCGUCGUCACCCUCACUACGUCGACGGCGCCCGCGUCGCGGACCCACCGCGCCUCCUCGCAGUCGCUGCCGACGCCUACCGUCGUCACGUCAUUCCUCGAUGUCUAA